AUGGUUGUUUCAAAAAAUACAUCGGGACUUUUUUCUGUUGUUGCUGUAAUUGCAAUAAGUGGUUAUUAUGUUACUAAACACCCUGAAAAAUUACCUUGGACAAGUUUUAAUGAAAAUCAGAAUUUAACUGGUGGAAGUGAAUUAUCGAAGCAAGUUCAAGUUGAAAUUCAUAAACCAUUUAAGACGUCUAUUUUAUUAGAGAAGAUUCAAGGUUUGCAAGAAACGAACGAAACGAAAAACACGAUUGAAUCCGAAUCGUUCGAUUCGAUUGAAGACGCGAUUAUUGGCGAGUAUCAUUUCUUCCCAACCAAAAAAGAAGAUGAAAAAGUCGAGAAAAUUAAGGAGACAUCAGAUGUUUCCGUUUUUGAAGUAAACAUUCGCUUCGUCGGUGGCCUUUUAGCAUGUUACGCUUUAACGGGAGACCCAAUUUUCAAAAUGAAAGCUCAACAAAUCGCCGAUAAACUUUUACCGGCCUUUGAUACGCCCACGGGGAUUCCCCACGCUUUGGUCAACUUUAGAACUGGGGGGAGUAAAAAUUACGGAUGGGCGAGUGGUGGAUCGAGUAUUUUAUCAGAAUUUGGUACGUUACAUUUAGAAUUUGCUUAUUUAAGCGAUGUAACUGGGAAAUCCGAUUAUCGAAAUAAAGUUGAUCAUAUUCGGCAAUUUUUGAUGCAAAAGGAUAAACCGAAAGGAUUGUACCCGAAUUAUCUUAACCCGAAAACUGGAAAUUGGGGCCAACAUCACAUGUCAAUGGGGGCUUUAGGCGAUAGCUUUUACGAGUAUCUAUUAAAAGCUUGGAUUCAAUCGAACAAAGAAGAUAACGAAGCGAGACAAAUGUACGAUGAUGCAAUGGCGGCGAUCACUCAACAUAUGCUUUUUACGUCGAAAAAUGGGCUUUCGUAUUUCGCUGAAUUAAAAUUUGAUCGACCGGAACAUAAAAUGGAUCAUUUGGGGUGUUUUUCAGGUGGUUUACUGGGAUUGGGGGCUCAAACUCUUAAAAACGAAGUUUCUAACAAAUACAUGGAUAUCGCUAAGAAAAUAACGGAAACAUGCCAUGAAUCUUACGAUAGGAGUACGACGAAAUUGGGUCCUGAGUCGUUUAGAUUCACCGAUGGGAUCGAAGCGAAAGCUUUAAAAAGUUCCGAAAAAUAUUAUAUUUUACGACCGGAAGUUGUCGAGAGUUACUUUUAUAUGUAUCGAUUUACGAAAGAUCAAAAAUACCGCGAUUGGGGGUGGGAAAUGGUCCAGGCUUUAGAAAAGUAUUGUCGGGUUGACGGUGGUUAUACAGGGAUUAAAAACGUUUAUACUUAUGAUCCUCUUCAAGAUGACGUCCAACAAAGUUUCUUUUUAGCGGAAACUUUAAAGUAUUUGUAUUUAUUAUUUUCUGAUGAUAGUCUCCUACCUCUCAAUGAAUGGGUUUUAAAUACAGAGGCGCACCCCUUACCGAUUAAAGGUGUUAAUAAUUUUUAUAGAGAAGCUGUGUGAAAGGUUUUAAAUAGGAC